GCAAUAGUAUCUUCUCCCCCAUUUUAACGCAGAACAGAGGGGGUGUAAAAUGGGAGCUGGUCGUGAAGUUCAAAUCUCAUUGGAUGCAGUGAGAGACAAGAACUUGAUGCAGUUGAAGAAGCUCAACGUAGCUCUAUUCCCUGUUCGCUAUAAUGAAAAAUAUUACGCUGAUGCCCUCGCUUCUGGCGACUUUACAAAGCUAGCAUACUACAGUGACAUUUGUGUUGGUGCAAUAGCGUGCCGCCUUGAGAAGAAGGAAUUUGGUGCCGUCUGUGUUUAUAUAAUGACCCUGGGUGUUUUGGCCCCAUAUCGUGGGUUGGGGAUAGGUACAAAGCUGCUGAAUAAUGUUACAGAUCUAUGCUCCAAACAAAACAUUUCGGAGAUUUACUUGCAUGUGCAGACAAAUAAUGAGGAUGCCAUCAACUUCUACAAGAAAUUUGGGUUUGAAAUCACGGACACCAUCAAAAACUACUACACAAACAUUACACCACCAGACUGUUAUGUUCUUACUAAGGUCAUCGAUCAACCUCAAACAAAGAAAUGACAUUUGUAUUUAAACCAUAUUAGUUAUUCCUGCUUCGAUGAAAGCUUACCUUAACAUCAGUUAAACGUGAAGUUCAGGCUGGUUUUCAAAAGUUGUAAAGAUGGUAAGAGAUGGAAAUUUUGGUUCAAAGUGUUGGAUUGGAUUACUAACCAUUAUUUCCUAUAUAUUUUGUUCUUGAUCCAAGUUGUUUCUCACCUGAAAUUGGGAUCUCAUGUGCCCUAAAAUGUUGAAAUUUUAGUAGUUUGGAUUUGAUUUGAGAAAUGGUUCUUUGUAAA